AUGGCCAAUACGCUCUCCCUCAUCCGCCUAGCAUUGAUCGAAUUCCUCGAAAACCUUCACACCUUCCAAACUUUCCAAUCACGCAUCCAGCACCCUCCAGGGCUCCCACUCCUAAACCCCAACCGCUCAUUCUGGUCCUACCUACCCUACCCCAUCGCCGCUCACGUUUCUCAGCUCCCGGUGCAUGCUGAUUUUGUCGUUGUUAGCUCGGGUACUACUGGGACAUCAGUUGUGAGGAAGCUUUUGGAUAGUGCAAGUGUUGAAGGGAAUGAUGUUGGAGUUGUUAUGUUGGAAGCAAGAGAUGCGUGUUCUGGGGAGGCUGGGGGUUUUCUGAAGGCAGUCUUCAAGAAACGAUGGAUGUCUUCAGCGACAUCAGCGCUGUCUAGCAAGAUAGUAGUAGCAACACCCUUGCCAGAAAUGUUCACUGGUAUCUCGCCCACCAGCGGGUCCACAUCUUUCCGCGUGACUUCACGAAUGUGCCCUUCCGAGCGACUUGCGAUUAGAAUUAUGUACGGUAAUGUCGAUCUCGAGUUUUUGGAACAGGCAAUCUAUCUCGGCGUCAGAGAAAUGUUCAAAGAUCAGAAGCGACGCUGUGAAUUCAUAAGAAUGAUGAGCGGUGGUCUCCCAAAAGCUAAAACAAAACCGACAGGCGAGCAAUGA